ACUUUUCCUUCCCUAGCUAGUGUUAAAAGUCAGCCCCGGGUUUCCAGUUUCCACUCAUUUGUACCACUAUAUGUGUAGCUAGCCGCCUAUCCUCAUGCACAUACAUACAACAAGAGAAGCGCUCGCUAGAUCGGCUGAGUCCUCCCUCUGAGAGUAGAUAUAGAUGAUCUGCAUGCAUGGUAGGUCACGGCGCUGCGCUUUGCGGGCUGAUCGAUCAUAACCUUCACCAGUGAAUCAACACCGAUCGACAUCGGCGGCCGUCGAUCAUGUGCGACCUGUUUUGGCUGUCGCCGGGCGAGCAAGGAGACCUCUCCGAUGUCGUCAGGGCAAGCCUGCACCGGCCUCAUCAGCUGCCAACCCCGGCUGCCGACGAGGAGGAGGAGGAGUACAGCUCGCUGCUACGGGAAGGAGGUAGCGGUGGAGACGGCCUGGUCGUCGGCCAUGGGCAUGGCGAUGAGCAGCUGGGAAUGGUGGCCAUGAUGAUGGGCGGCAAUACCAGGCUUCCCUCGUCUGAUCAUCACGUGAUCUCGCUGCAUUCACCGCCGGCGACGACAUAUACACGGCCGCAUCCAGAGCCACUGGCCGGGAUGAUUCGUCGGCCGGGCAUCGGCAGGGAAGGCGAGAUGGUGGUCGCGCCGCCGCCGGAGAUAGGCGAGCGCCUGCAGCACAUGUCGAUCGUCCAUCACCCUCGUGUGCCUGCUGCGAUGAAGCCAAGGAAGAGCCAGUCGAAGAAGGUGGUGUGCAUCCCGGCGCCGACGGCGGCGCCGGGGGCGAGCGGCCGGCAUAGCACGAGCGGCGAGGUGGUGCCGUCGGACCUGUGGGCGUGGAGGAAGUACGGGCAGAAGCCCAUCAAGGGGUCGCCGUACCCGAGGGGCUACUACCGGUGCAGCAGCUCCAAGGGGUGCCCGGCGAGGAAGCAGGUGGAGCGCAGCCGCACCGACCCCAACAUGCUCGUCAUCACCUACACCUCCGACCACAACCACCCGUGGCCGACCCAGCGCAACGCCCUCGCCGGAUCAACCCGUCCGUCCUCCUCCUCCGCCGCGAGGAUCGCCGCCUCCUCUUCUUCUUCUUCGUUGGCGGCCACAGCAGCUCGUAAUAGUAGCAACACCAACGUCGACGUCGACUGUGCCGGUGUUCAUCAUCAGCUAAAGCAAGAGAGCGACCUGGACCUGUUCGCGGACAUGGAUGCCCUCAACGUCUUCUCCUCCAUCAACAAGAUCCAGGAAGAUGACAGCAAGCAGCAGCUGUUUGAUCCGUUCAGCUCCGGCUUCUGCGACUACAUCUAAUCCAGAAUUCAUCAUCUGCCUCUACCGCUGAAGGCUACGAAUCAAGCCAGCAAUCGAUGCUUACACUGUACUGAUGAUGAUACCUUUUACUAGUCUCAGUAGUAGCUUCUAUUGUGCCUUUUUAAUGUUUAUUUACUGGAUGGAAGGAAGAGCAUGUCACUAUAGAUAGGGAAAGAACAUGCAAGGCCAGAUUCGUGUGUACUUGUCCAUGA